AUGGCCAUACAACCGAGCGAUCAUCAAUACGUUGCCUGGCUCGUCUUGCAUCACUCAUUACUGGGAGAUCGCUUACAAGGCAUCAAAGCCAGCGAUGACUUCGACCUUGGACGCGAGAAUCUACGGGAGUGGUUCGACAUUACAGAGCCUUCCAUAUCAGCGCAUCAUCUUCGGUUCCAUUGCGUGGUAUUCGAGAAUGGCUCGGACCAAGACGAUGAUCACGUCGAGCCAUUGGUAUACAUGCGCGUCCUCUCUGCCAAUCCUGUUCGUUUGGAGAGCUCGUGUUUCAACAACACGAGCAUCUUGCGAAAGCGUGACAGAGACAUUCUCCUCAACCACGGGGAUGUCCUGGAGCUCAACCCUAGCGUCUCCAUCACGUUCCGGACUGCUCAUCCUCCAGUGCCUUGUGAGAGCGCGUUGAGUCCGCUGCAGCAGGGAGACAUCAUGUCCUUUGAGGCUCGAUACGCGGUCAGCGAUCGCCUUCUCGGCUCCGGAGGCCAGGCAUGUGUGUUUCUUGCUACCAAACAGAGCGAUCAAUCUCAGCUCGCAUGCAAAGUGGUAAGUCUGCCACAACAAAGGGCUGAAAUAGCAGGCGACCCUCAGGCUGUCAUCGAAGCUCGGAGGGUGGCUGUGCAGCGACAGAAGAAGCGCGACGUUCUAGCUCGGGAGUACAGUAUACUCAAGGAUCUCAGCCAUCCCAAUAUCGUCUCUUUGGAGAAGGUCCUCUGCACGACGUACAACAUCUAUAUCAUGCAGGAACUAUUGACUGGUGGCGAUCUCCUCUCUUACCUAGACCAAACUAACGCUCUCGACGAGCCUGAGGCGGCAGUGAUCGUGCGACAAGUGCUAAAGGCUGUUGAGUAUCUGCAUGACCAGAACAUUGCACAUCGCGACAUUAAACCAGAAAAUGUCCUCAUGACAUCGUGGAGACCUGGCGCGCGGGUUGUUCUCACAGACUUCGGCCAAGCCAGAACUCUUGCAAAUGGCAUUGAAAUGCAGAAAGGCUCGAACAUGUUCAGGAUGCAGUCUAUGGUGGGCACCUAUGGCUACGCUGCUCCCGAGCUCUAUAAACGUUACAAGCACAACGACGGCUACAGCAAAGCCAUAGAUAUCUGGUCAGUCGGCUGCAUUGCCGGCACAUUGCUCACAGGCGAGCCUAUGCCAUUCGAGGAGAAAGGUCACGACUGGAGUCUCGAGUUUAUGGACAGCGAGAAACAAAGACAGUGGCGAAAGGUCGGCCACAAAGCCAAGUCCUUCAUCCGUGCUUGCUUGACCUUCGACGAGUCCAUACGACCAUCUGCGAAAGAAGCACUGAUGCAUGAUUGGUUCACGAAUAAGCACUAUGCGGCCAAUCUCGAGGCCGCCUACCAGCGAGCUAUAAAAGACUGGGCACCGAGGAUGACCAACAGCGGACUAAUCGAGUUCAUUGAUACCUCGCACAUCGUGAUUGACGACCAGCAGUCUUCUGACUGCGACUCGCGCAGUGACCAAAAUUACUCUCACCACUUCGCAGCCAACGCUUCGAGAGCGCCCGAGGCAAUGUCGACGAUCAAGGAAGCCGUGCAAACCAUGAAGCCUGUGCAUAAUGCCACUUCUGCCGACCCUGAAAUGCACAUGUUCAGUGAAGACGGCAUUCCGCUCUACGCAAGUCCCAUUGGUGUACCAGAAUCGCCGCCGCCUUUCUCGCAACCGAACAGCUUCUCCGACAUUGUUACCUCAACCUACGACGUCGACGCCGAGACGCAACUCAGUCAGUUACCUGAUAUGGCAUCUCAUCCACAGUUCAUGCUCGACUAG